UAUGAAGCCUUUAUAUAUGCCCUUAUAAAUUGCUAGAUUCCUCAAAUGUAAACAAACUUCUCUCAUUUUUUUAUGCUCUAUUCAUCGGUAAUUCUGAAACCAAUAAAAUUUCUUUAAAAUUUGUGAUACACAUUUGAUAAAACUUCUACACAAUAAUUUGAUUUCAACAACUAAAAUAAUAUAUUAUUUUAUGCUCGAUAUGCAAGUAGCUUUAUUGUGGUUUUGUUGAACAUAGAAAAAUGAAUACGAUUAUCAAGACCACUUUAGAAAGAAUAAGAUUUGAAAUACCAUUUAAAAAUUUAAGUAGCUGAUAAGAUAAUUAUUGAAAGGGAAUGAUAUAUAUUACUCACUGUUAUCUUCAACUGAAAAUCCCUUUAUGAAUGCAUUCACAAGCCCUCAAUUAAUAAAAUAAAUAAAAUAUGUUCUGUUUCAGAUACAAAAUGCCAGGUUUAGGUGAGGUUGUCAGGGUGGGCACCCUCGUCGUCCUGAGCACCAUGCUUCUGUCCUUUGGGGUCUCUUCUACACCUACAGAGAACAUUCUAGAUUUAAACUUCAAUUACACUUCUCUUGUCAUGCAGUACAUCUCUGUGUGCGGAGUGUCUACAGCAUGUGAUAAAUCAUUCGUCUCUUCAUUCAACUUAACAGAGCGUGACUUUCAUCACAAACAGUUAUGUCCAAAAUGCUCAUGUGACGUCACGUGCUUCAAUGAUUCAAACCUUCACUGUUGUCCUGAUGUAUAUUUCGCGCACGGUGUUCCAAAAUGCCGCUCAAUCGACAUCAUAAAUGAAUUAGAAAAACAAUUGAAUUUCUAUAGUUUGCUUGACGACUGUCCUAGUGGUAGUGAUAAAAAUCUUAAAGAGGAAUGCAGUAAAUCUCGGACACUCUAUGAGAGACUGAGAUUGCCCCCCGGAACAAGCAAAAGUAGUGAAUUCGUAUUCUGGAAUAAAUAUUGCGCCGAAUGUCACAACGCGUCUAUUUUCCAACCGUGGCAUUUGUUUUUCGACUGUGAAAAGGCAACCGAUUUUAAUUACUUGUCUUCCUAUGGUGAAAUAAUUGAAAAAGCCAACAAAUCGGGUUGCUUUAUCGCUUUUCAGGGUGAAGGUGAACGUUGUACUCCGGUUAACCCCAAACAAUUCAUUACUACUUGCAACGUCACUGGACAUUGGGAUACAUAUGACGUCACUCUAGACAGUGCGUGCAAAAGCGCUUACAACUUAACUUACCAACAGGUGUUCAAAAAUGUUUUCUGUUAUCUGUGUAACAUACCCACACAAGUGAAGGUACCAAUGAGGGAUUCCUGCCCUCUUCCAUCGUCACCAAUAGCAAACUUGUGCAGAAGGUUCCCGAACACUUUGUCCACAUCACCUUACAAAAAUAUUUUCUGUCUUUUGUGUCAGGAUUCAAAAACUGAAUUUGAAACGAAAAUUAAGCUAUCAAGGAAAAUAAAUGAAGUUGACAUGCAAUAUUUCAUCAGAGUUUUUCCCGAAACCUUUCAAAUAAUGCUUCAUCUGAUUUCUCGAGUGCAACCUCUAAUGGGACAGGUAGAGAAUAUACACAUAGUUCAACCAGACGAGGAAUUGAACAUCACUCAUCUCGCCAUAAAAAGUUUCGCUUUCACUGGUCAGGGACUUUGUUCGUCGAACAUAUUGCAGGAGAAUUUGAGGAAUGUGGGAACAAAUUGUUCGUGUGAGGUUAGUUGCUUUAAGGAUUGUUGCAUCGACCAUGUUUUGGAGACUCCCUUUACUUCCUGCAUCACCACUGACUUUCCACCAAAGAUCACGCCACGUGGUGGAUUCAGAGUCAUAGAUCGCUGUAAAGGAGUUGGCUCAGAGCAUUGCGAAUCUCGUGUGUUUGAUGACGUAUUCCACACAUUACCAGUGAGGGGUCAACAAAGCGGGAAGACAUACCUAAAUGUGUUCUGUCACCACUGUAAUCAAGAUCCAGGUUACCCACCUGAAGCAACGAUAAUGUGGGGUUUAAAUAUAUCAUGUAAUCAAUUCAUCAACCCGGAUUAUCUUCCGACUCUCGGAGAUUUAAUUAACACAAUGAAAAAAGCAAACUGUACCAUUCGUCUACUACCAGACAAGUUUGCCCAAACCUGCGGUAACGUGGAAGAAAGCGUGGGUGUAUGCAACACUACUGGGCUAUGGAGCAAGGAGGAUGGUGACAUCAGACAAGCAUGUGAAAGCUUGACACAUAAUCGGUUACCGUCUAUAGGACCAACCUGGAAUAGUGAAGUGAUUUACAAAAACAUAUUUUGUCAAAUGUGCAACCCUGUUGAAGACAGAACAAUCCAAACCAUUGGAGAUUGUGAAACCGAAUCUGCAGAUAUAUCCCGUGGAGAGUUGGUAGAGGCUUGUGAAAGGAUAUCCUUCGUACAAAUGUCUUCGCCCUACAAAAACAUAUUUUGUGAAAAGUGCCAUGGCUACAGCACCAAAAACGCAGAGAAGCCAAUAAAAGAUCCGGAUGUGUUUGAUAUAAUCGAUCUUCAGAAAAAUUUCAGUAGAACCAAGAUGCACGUGGUGACAUAUAGAACACUGUUCUCUCUCAGUUCUUACGAUCACGAGGAAAGGGAUCUGAAACAGGAAACUACCUGUCAAGCUGAUCAGCAUCUAGACAAACAUAGGAAUUUAUGCAGAGAUAUGGUGUGCUUUCCUGGAAAGAUUUUAUUCAACGGUACAUGUGUAUCAUUGCUUCCCCAAACCAAAAACAUGCGAUACAUCCUCUACUUCCGGAUGGAUAGCAUAGGAAAUAUAGAGAAGUCCAUCACAGUCGAGGAAGUUGUUCAAGCUCUGUACCAUUCAGUUGUCAUGAUGUUAGAUAAAGUUACGAAUCUGGCACGAGACUUCAUAGACAUUGAGGAGCACAUCUUCCUUGUAAACAAAGACUGUGACGCAAAUGAAUUGUCCGGCUUGCAGCUGUAUGCGCAGAUGGUGAUUUUUCUAAAAGAAAUGAUUUAUCGCGUGGAUGUGGAAAGAAAACUUGUGUCUUUUUCGAAUUCGUUCCACCAACUCUCGAUGAAAAAGACAUUGUAUAAUUUCUCCCUCAGUCAGAAUGAAAGCCCAAUUGUAUUUCCAUUCUUCGCCACAAAUUGCAUGUAUAAGAAAACCAAGACGAAGAGAGCUAGUCAAAAAUACAGGCGAGUGUAUGUAAAUAAACUACUAUUAUGUCCACAAGUUUUGAUCAAUCCCGAGGAAUACAGUCACAAUGCCGCGACUGGGAGGCUAACGAUCGGAAACUGGAAUGUUUCUCUGUCACAGGACAGGUUCAUGUUAACUCACAACAAAUCGGCACGGGUCUGCACCCUCGACAUAAACCAUACCUUGCAAGCAAAUGCAGAGCCAUCCGUCGACACAUGGACAUUCGGCCUAUCUGUGCUAACGUUUAUAUGUAUCGUUAUAUCCCUUGUGUGUCUCGUCCUGACGUUUAUAAUAUACUGUGUUUUCCAAUCACUCCGGACAUUGCCUGGAUUGAAUAACAUGUGUUUAAUCAUUUCACUCUUCUUCGCGCAACUGAUGACGUUAAUCAGACCCUAUAUCGUAGACUUACACACGCUUUCCAUGACGUCAUCAAUAGCCGUGCACUAUUUCUGGCUGGCUGUUUUUUGCUGGCUUCAGGUGUGUUCAUUUCACAUGUUCCGUGUCUUUACAAGAAAAACUCACACUAUCAAAAACGACAGAGACACGUGUCUUGCACUGAGUAGGUAUGCCGUCUACGCGUACGGCAGUCCCGCGGUAGUGGUGGCUGUUCAUCUAAUUGUGAAUCUAAUUAUAUCAAACGGGGAUGUCACGGGUUAUGAAAACUUAAACGGCAUUGUAAACACCAAAUUAGCGUUCAUCGUCACCAUAAUAUCCCCCAUGCUGUUGAUCUGUGUUAGCAAUUCCAUAUUCUUCAUUGUGACGGUAGUCCGCAUAAGAAGCACCCCGCAUGCGCAGAAGAAUCAAAAGCAAUCCGUGGAGGUUUGGAUUUACGUUAAACUUUUCACCCUAACGGGUUUAACCUGGAUUUUUCAAGUCGUGGACGCCUUUUUAUCACUAUCAUUUCUUUCAUAUGUCGUGGCAAUUCUUAACGGGCUUCAAGGGUUGUUCUUAUUUUUAAGCUACGUCUGCAACGGGCGAGUUUUGCGAUUGUGUUGCAAGCAAAAAACUAAGAAUUCGUCAACAUUGAAUUCAUCUACAAAUCAUAAUUCUACUGUAUCUGCAACAAAAUCGACAAAGUUCUAAAUUGCAUGUGUAUUGUUUAGAUGGAUUCGUUGUGUUUAAGAAAUGUCUUUCAGUUUUUAAAAGUACAUAUAUAUGAGUCGCUACAAUAAUGUAACCCUUUUGGAUUUUUGUUUUUGGUGGGAGAGGGCUACAACUCCUUAGGAUCUCAGUAAUGGUGUAAAUGCGGGAGUGGUCUACUCCCGUAACAUUUUCGAUCACUCUAAACAUUUGCUGACUUUUUUACAUAAAGAAAUGAUAUUCUAUGUUUUGGAGCCAAUGUAUAAAUUCACAACCUGCAACUUACGAUUCGUGAGGCUCUAUUCUACCGUUUUAAACAAUUUCGAUACAUUUCAAUGCAUUCUCGAUUCAUAUUUGAACGCCAUGUUUGAUGUACUGAAUUUUCAAAUUCCUAUUGUCAAGUUAUUUGCAUAUGCCAUAUAAGAUAGUAUUUACAUCAAUCGACGAGUACGGAGGCGAAAGCUAUUUCGUCAGUAUUGAAAAGGUUUAAAUCUAAUACCAAGUUUAAAAAAAACCGAAAAGCAGAGUGUAAAUUAUUUCUGUAACCAUAUGAUUUUCCUUUUUUUGUCGCAAUGGCUCGAGUAACUACAUUUUCGCGCUGAUUGUCAAUGUUUAGAUCUCGCGAUAACAAUAAUGGCGGAGCUGACGAAGAAUUUUGCGUGCUGUACAUGAUAUUUGAUGAAUAACAUCUUUAUUAGACAUGGCCGAGCAAAAAGUUAGUACUCCUUUUGGUGUAAACAACAUUUUUGGACUAAUACAUGGGGGUUAUUAUCGGUUAAUCACUAAAUCAUUUUGCACCAUUGCGGAAAUCCUAAUAUUAUGGAAUUGAAGUCCUACCCCGAAAUCGGUAGAAUAAAAAUAUAGGAUAGGGCUACAUUAAUACAGCUACUUGUGUAAUAUAUAAGAUGAAAUACCCUGAGUCUUGUUAUGGCAUCCUUUACAUUUUUACUUUGACUUUGUUUUACUCUGUUUACCCGAUCAAGAUAUAGGGGUCAUGAGGGGUGGGGCCAGUCAAAAGGGGAUAUUUUCUCCUCCUAAUACAAAUCUCUGGACACACCGGAAGUGGGAGCAAGAGUCUAGAGGCAGUAAGCAUUUUCUGUUGACCAGUUCCACCCGUUGUAAACCCUAUAUCUUAAUAAGGUAAACGGAGUAAUCUGUAGUCAAAGUUAGAAAGUAAAGAACGGUCGAACAGUUAUGUGAAACACGUUAAACAGAAUUCAAUAUAAUGAGCCAUUAAAACGAUCAUAGAAUUUGCAAAAUGCAUAUUCUAAAAUGUAAUUUUACACUUUUAUGAGUAACACUUACAUGGACACUUACAUGGACAUCCAGUGAAUGCUUUUAUUCCAGUAAGGUAUGUGCAAUUCAUUAUUAUCGCAUCCUUUCAAUAUCGUAUUGUCAGUACUAUCAAAUGUUCUGUAAUAGUAUUCGGUUUUCAAUAAAAUCCUUAAUGUACAAUUGAA